CACCCCGCACAUGUCCCCCGUCAGUCAGAGCAGGACAGGCAGCUUUGGAGGAGUUAUGUGAGACACACCACACCAAGUCAGCUGGCUCUCAGUUACCUCAGUCUCUCAGAGCUCAGGCAGGAGGAGAAGUCUGCGUUCAGAAGUUUAAUGUGCAGCUCGACAUGCCACCUCACAUGGAUUACUUUUACCACGAGUCCCGAGUCCCUUCCGAUUGCGGGCUGACACGGGAGGAUGAGCUGGAGCCCGGUGUCAUCAGCUGUAUGCUGGUCGGAGACGGAGCAGUUGGGAAGACCAGCAUGAUUGUCAGCUACACCACCAACGGUUACCCGACAGAGUACAGGCAGACAGGCUUUGAUGUCUUCUCCGGUCAGGUCCAGGUAGAAGGAUCUCCGGUCAAAGUUCAGCUUCUGGACACUGCUGGACAGGACGAGUUUGAUGAGUUCAGGGCUCUAAACUAUGCCCACACAGACGUCUUCCUCCUGUGCUUCAGCAUGGUCAACCCCACCUCAUUCCACAACAUCACCAAGAAGUGGGUUCCAGAGAUCCGGGCUCAUAACCCAUCCUCGCCCAUCAUCCUCGUGGGGACCCAGUCGGACCUCUUACUGGACGUGAACGUCCUCAUCAACCUGGACAAAUCUAAUGUCAAGCCAGUUCUUAGCCACCGGGCCCGGAGCAUGGCGGACAAGAUCAGGGCCACGGACUACAUUGAGUGUUCCUCACUCACGCAAAAGAACUUGAAGGAGGCGUUUGACGCGGCCAUCUUUGCCGCCAUUAAGAACAAAGCUCGCAAGACCAAGAAGAGGAGGUUCUCUGACAGGCGCACCAAAGCUUUCUCGAGGUGCAGCUGGAAGAAGUUCUUCUGCUUCAUCUGAGCUCAGACUGUUAACCCUGUGGGUUGUGAACAAAACAUUAAUUUAUUGCUAUUCUUUACUCUCACUUGAUAUCACAGGUCCCAUCUGUAAUAGCUUAGCGUCUUUCCUUGUUAAGUAUUUGGCGUAUUUCACUCUGGGACACCAAAUGGUGCAAGGGAAUCAAGACAUGGGCACAGUGAGCAAUGGGAACUAACAUCACUGGAGACAGCAGAGAGGAUUCUGGGUCAUUACCAGCCAGGGUCUGGUUUAACACUUCAUUAGACAGACCUCAGGACAGCAGCAUUGUUUACAUUAUAAUCAAAUCAAUCAUUGUUCCAGAGCAACAGAGGAUACAUAGUCUACAUACUAAAAACACAGUAUGCAUAUACUUUAAAGUGUAUGUGUCACUGGUGAGCCAUUUGGCAGUAAAUUGACUUCAAGGGAGGUGAUCAAAUUAACAUGCUGGACUUAGAGCCACAGGGACAAAAAACCAGACGGUCAUGUAAAUUCUGUGAAUUUGCAUGGUGAGCUUUGCUACCAACUGCAGCCUUUUAGAGUAAGUAGAGAGAGAAACAGAAAGCGUCGGGGCUGUAUUUGAGCAGAUGGGCGUUAGCCACUUCUCUGUUGUGUUCUUGCUGUCUGGCUGCCCCAGCUUAUUUAUAUGCAGCAGCUGUGAAUUCAGGUUGCAGUGCGAGGUGCCACAUUCUUACCUGUGUGUGAAAGCUCCCCUGGCCGGUUUGGGUGGGUAUUUUCUGGCCCUUGAGUUAAUCAGCUAACAAUCCUAUCACCCAUAACAUUUAUUUUGAUGAGAGUUUUAUCAGCUCUUUUAACGUUUAUGAAAAGAAGCACAGUGGGAGGAUUUGUUUGUGACAAAUCAGAAACAAGUGUAUUUCCUUUGUUUAAAUCUUCCAAUUGGCACAGGAACUGGUUUGAAAAUCCUCUUGUCUUGAUGUGAAAGGUUGCAUGGGAGCAGUAACCUUUGGCUUUUUGUUCCUGUCUCUCAUCAAUCUGCAUCUGUAAAAGCAAGCACUGCAGGAGUCCUGACUUCCACCCUGCAGAUCCUCCCACCACCUCCACCAUCAGCCUGGCUUUUUUUUUUGUACGCCCCUCUUUGUUUGUAUGCUCAAUACACUCCUUAUCUCUUGAAUAGCCCAGUGUGUACAGAGUUAGAGGAUGCUAAACAGCCUCUGUGUGAAUGUAAGUGUAGGUAAUACACUUUUAAAAAGUAAAAAGCUUUGUGCCUGUGACAUCUGUACAAAAGAAAAUCAGACUUUGGAAUCCAGUGUAUUGAUAUCUGGUGGAUAUACAGGUGUAUAUAUGUAACCAGAACCAGGAUAAGGCUUUACUGUAUGCUUCUUGUGGAAGUCAGUUUAAUGUAUUUUCUAUUCUGUUUGUUAAAACAGUUCAUAUGUCAUGUUUAUGAAAUAUUAGAUAGGACAUGAAUUUAAAAUGCAUUUAUGUAUUCCAUAAACAGUUUAUUUCAAGUUUUGUAUCACUAUCAGCCCCCCCUAUAACCUGUGCAUCUUAUUUACAUGUCGGAGUGAUGUGAUGCAAAUAAAUGAAGUGCAAAUUAUA